GAACUGUAUAUAGCAUCCAUUGCGGGAGCCAGCACGAGACUGACUGUCACGGUGGAGCUGCGCUGCCGUAACAACACUUGCGGAUCCUAACGCAAUUUUAACGCCGUUUUUAACGCCGUUUUUAACCCUCUCUCGUUUUAAAGUUUUUAAGCCCGCUGCGAACAAUGCCAGCCAGGACCUCCCUGUCUCUGCCAGAGGAUGUCAGGAAAAGGCUGCAGGUGCUGGAUGAGGAUGGGGCUUCAGACGAGGAACAUGUCAAAGAGAAGCUCAAGUUGGUGCAGGACUUCCUCCAUGUUGAUGCUCAGGACCAGCUGAGCAGCCUGGAGGAGAAAAUGAAAAGUUCAGAGAUCACAAUGGAUGUUUACAUCUCUAAAGUAAAGGCCUUGCUGGGAAAAGAGCUCAAUCUUGGAAAUGGGUCACAUGUUGAUGGCGUGGAGCAGAAGGGGAAGACAAAUGGUUUCACUAACGGUUCCCACAAAGAUGAGGAUGGUGAAGAUGUUACCAUGGAUGUUCAGGAGGAAGAGGAGGCUGUCAAGUCACCAACUGCUUCUAAGGGGAAGGGUGGACGCAGGAGCAAGGCAAACUCUGACGCCAAAAAAUCUCCUGCCAGCGCAAGGGUUACAAGAAAUGGUGGAAAACAGCCAAGCAUCUUGUCAAUGUUCUCUAAAGUUCAAAAGCGCAAGUCUGAGGAUUUGAAUGGAGAAUCUACUAAUGGGCAAAAUGAACUGAAGCAGGAAGAUGAUGUUGAGGAGACUCGGGAGGAGAAACGUCUCAAAGUGGACACUAAUGAAAAAACUGCUCCAGAAGAAUCAAAGAGCGAGAUUGUCAAGACAGUAACUGCUGCAAAGACACCACCACCAAAAUGUCCAGACUGCAGACAAUACUUGGAUGAUUCAGAUCUUAAGUUUUUUCAAGGAGAUCCUGAUACUGCGCUGGAUGAACCAGAAAUGUUAACAGAUGAGCGGCUCUCCUUGUUUGAUUCAAAUGAGGAUGGAUUUGAGAGUUAUGAGGAUCUGCCACAGCACAAGAUUACAAACUUCAGUGUGUAUGAUAAGCGUGGCCACCUUUGUCCAUUUGAUGCUGGACUGAUUGAGAAGAAUGUAGAGCUCUACUUUAGCUGUGUUGUUAAACCAAUCUAUGAUGACAACCCUUGCUUGGAUGGUGGUGUUCCUGCGAAGAAGCUUGGACCUGUCAAUGCCUGGUGGAUCACUGGUUUUGAUGGAGGAGAAAAGGCUUUAAUUGGAUUCACCACAGCUUUUGCUGAUUACAUCCUAAUGCAUCCAAGUGAGGAGUACGCGCCAAUCUUUGCACUGAUGCAAGAGAAGAUCUACAUGAGCAAGAUAGUUGUGGAAUUCCUCCAGAAGAAUCCUGACACUAGUUAUGAAGACCUUCUCAACAAGAUUGAGACAACCGUGCCUCCCGCAGGGCUGAACUUCAACUGCUUCACUGAGGACACUCUGCUGCGGCACGCUCAGUUUGUGGUGGAGCAGGUGGAGAGCUACGAUGAGGCUGGCGACUCUGAUGAGCAGCCAAUCAUUGUCACACCGUGUAUGAGGGACCUGAUCAAGCUUGCUGGAGUCACUCUCGGAAAGAGCAUGCUGCUGUACUGGAGAGCUGCCAGAAGACAGGCCAUUCGUCACCCAACAAAAAUAGAGAAGGACAGCAAGGGGCCGACGAAGGCGACUACCACUGAGCUGGUCUACCAGAUCUUUGAUACCUUCUUCUCUGACCAGAUAGAGCAGAAUGAUAAAGAAAAUGGAGCCAAAAGACAGCGCUGUGGUGUCUGUGAGGUUUGCCAGUCUCCUGAUUGUGGCAAGUGUUUAGCUUGCAAGGACAUGAUCAAAUUUGGAGGAAGUGGCAAAAGCAAGCAGGCUUGCAAGCAGAGGAGGUGCCCAAACCUUGCAGUGAAGGAGGCUGAAGACGAUGAGACCAUUGAAGAGGAAGAUGUUCCAGUGGAGAAGGCCAAAAAGGUUUCUCAGGCUAAGAGAAAGAAGCAGAGUCAGUGCAAACUGACCUGGAUUGGAGAGUCUGUUCAGACCGAGGGAAAGAAGAAGUACUACAAGAAGGUCUCUGUGAAUGAUGAAGUGCUGGAGGUGGGAGACUGUGUCUCUGUUUCAUCUGAGGAUCCAUCCACCCCUCUGUAUCUGGCAAGGAUCACAUCCCUGUGGGAGGACGGCAGUGGAAAAAUGUUCCACGCCCACUGGUUCCUUCGUGGGACUCAGACAGUGCUGGGAGAGUCUUCUGAUCCAUUGGAGCUUGUCCUUGUGGAUGAGUGUGAAGACAUGCAGCUCAAUUAUGUCCAAGGCAAAGUGAACAUCAUGUAUAAGCCCCCAUCUGACAAUUGGUUUAUGGAGGGUGGCAUGGAUGUUGACAUUAAGGUGAUUGACGAUGACGGGAAGAGUUUUUUCUAUCAGUUCUGGUACGACACAGAUUUUGCACGUUUUGAGACCCCUCCCACUACCACUCCAUCAGACUGCAAGUUCAGAUUCUGUAGCAGCUGUGAAAGGACUAAAGAGAGAGCCGAACGGGAAUGUCCUCGCGCUUUUGAGCCCCUAGGGAAUGAAGCAAGCGACUCUAAGGCUCUGUUUGCGCUGGCCUCCUUUAAGGGGGAGCAGUUUAGGGUGGGAGACGGUGUCUAUUUGCCUUCUGAGACUUUUCAUUUCAGUGUUAAACCAGCUAGUCCAGUGAAGCGCUCCCACAGAAAAGAGGAUGUGGAUGAGGAGUUGUAUCCAGAGUAUUACAGAAAGUCCUCUGACUACAUCAAGGGCUCAAACCAGGAUGCUCCAGAGCCCUUCCGCAUCGGGCGCAUCAAGGAGAUCUUCUGUCACAGGCGUAGCAACGGAAAAUCUGACAUGUCUGAGGUCAAACUGCGACUUCACAAGUUCUACAGGCCUGAGAACACUCACAAAGGCGUCAAAUCCAGUUACCACACAGAUAUCAAUCAGCUAUACUGGAGUGAUGAAGAAGUUACCGUCAGCAUGGCCGAGGUGCUCGGCCACUGUCAUGUAGAAUAUUCAGAAGACCUGAAUGAGUCUGUCCAGGACUAUUCCAGUGGUGGACCUGACCGCUUCUACUUCCUGGAGGCCUAUAAUGCAAAAUCUAAAAGUUUUGAAGACCCUCCAAAUCAUGCUCGCUCAGCUGUGCAAAAAGGCAAAGGAAAGGGCAAAGGGAAAGGUAAAGGCAAAGGAAAAUCAUCAGCUGCUCAGGAACAGCAGGACUCUCAGAAUGAACCACAGGCACCUAAAUUGUCUAAAUAUCGCACACUGGAUGUGUUCUCUGGUUGUGGUGGACUCUCUGAAGGCUUCCACCAGGCUGGUAUCUCUGAGACGCUGUGGGCCAUUGAGAUGUGGGAGCCUGCAGCACAGGCCUUCAGGCUCAACAACCCUGGCACCACAGUGUUCACUGAGGACUGCAACGUCUUGCUGAAGCUGGUCAUGUCUGGAGAGAAGACUAAUUCUCUGGGCCAGAAGCUGCCUCAGAAGGGUGAUGUGGAGAUGCUGUGUGGAGGACCUCCCUGCCAAGGGUUCAGUGGGAUGAACCGCUUCAACUCUCGCACUUAUUCCAAAUUCAAGAACUCUCUUGUAGUCUCCUAUCUCAGUUACUGUGAUUACUACAGACCCAAGUUUUUCCUGCUUGAGAAUGUGAGGAACUUUGUGUCGUUCAAAAAAUCCAUGAUCCUAAAGCUGACCCUGCGCUGUCUUGUUCGCAUGGGUUACCAGUGCACCUUUGGUGUCCUUCAGGCUGGUCAGUAUGGUGUCGCUCAGACCCGUCGCAGGGCCAUCAUCAUUGCUGCGGCUCCUGGAGAGAAGCUGCCUCGCUAUCCCGAGCCUCUGCAUGUGUUUGCUCCCAGAGCUUGCUCUCUGAGCGUAGUGGUGGAUGAAAAGAAAUACGUCAGUAAUGUCACACGAGGUAAUGGAGGAAUCUACAGAACCAUCACUGUCCGUGACACCAUGUCUGACCUGCCAGAGAUUCGCAACGGUGCAGCUUCACUGGAGAUUUCCUACAAUGGAGAACCUCAGUCUUGGUUCCAGAGGCAGAUCAGAGGAACACAGUAUCAGCCUAUCCUCAAAGAUCAUAUCUGCAAGGACAUGAGUGCUCUGGUUGAGGCUCGGAUGCGUCACAUCCCCUUGGCGCCAGGCUCUGACUGGAGGGAUCUGCCCAACAUUGAAGUUCGGCUGAAAGACGGAACCAUGACCAAGAAACUGCGCUACUCGCACCCUGAUAAAAAGAAUGGCCGCAGCAGCACUGGCGCACUCAGAGGUGUCUGUACUUGUUCAGGAGGGACGCCAUGUGACCCUGCAGACAGGCAGUUUAACACUCUGAUCCCCUGGUGUCUGCCCCACACUGGUAACCGUCACAAUCACUGGGCUGGACUCUACGGGAGACUGGAGUGGGAUGGCUUCUUCAGCACAACUGUUACCAACCCUGAACCUAUGGGCAAGCAGGGCCGUGUUCUGCAUGCUGAGCAGCACAGAGUGGUUAGUGUGAGGGAAUGUGCUCGCUCUCAGGGAUUCCCCGACACCUACCGCUUCUUUGGAAACAUCCUGGACAAACACAGACAGGUUGGAAAUGCUGUGCCCCCUCCACUCUCCAGGGCCAUAGGCAUGGAGCUUAAGAAGUGUGUGUUGGAGAGAAUGAAGGAAGAACACGCAACGGAGAAUAUUAAACAGGAGAAGAUGGAGGUCACUGAUUAGUCCCUUGUCAACUCCCAGCAAGAAUCGGUUCCACAAAUCCUGAUGCUGUUGUGUCGGGCAAUGAUUUCUUUUAAAUAAGCUGGCUUUUAUCUGUCACUAAGUGGCCACCGUUGGCGUUCUGUUCAGUGCCCUUUCAAUGUUGUUUUAAAAUGUGCUUUUGAUCAUGUUGUUGGGGAAAUGUUCACCUAACAUGGAUUAAAUUGUAUGUAGUUUUUAUAUGUAAUAUUUCAAAUAAAGCUCUUAUGAAAUCAAA